AUUAGUCGGGUUCCUUGUACAAAGCACCGAUUUCAUACAGGAGGAGGGGGGGGUUAUUUUUAGAGAAAAUCCGGCCCUGAGCAGGCAGGAAGCGCUCGGAAAAUCUAAUGAAGAACACAGCAGUCGUGCAGAGUUCUUAGUCGCAGAGCAACAAAGCUUCUCUUCACUGUGUUUUUGAUGCCUGCAAAAGGCUAACCCGUCCUGUUUUCUGUUUUUUCUUUCCUUGCUCUAUCUGUGCUGCGCUGGCCGGUGUCCAGGCAGGCAGAGCGCCUCUUUGCCCUGCCCUCAGGCCUCUUCUCUGGGCUUCUCCCCGUGCGGAGGAACGCCUCUCUUUGGUGGUGACAGGGAGAAUUAGGCAAGAGAUGCAGGUUCACUUGCCCUGCGUAGGGGCUUAUCUUGGGCUAAGCUGAGGGGACUAAUAGCAAAGCCAGCCUCCCUGCUCCAGCCGGUCUGAGGGCACAGGGAGCCAUCUGUCCACUCUGUGGAUAACCAACAAAGGGGGCAAACGCUCAGCGACGGGGCCGCUCAUUUUGGACAUAUCAGAAAUAAAGAAGAGCAGCGAGUAUUCAGUGUGUGAGGUGUGGAAUGGCGGCAGGGAGCUCUGUAUUCAUUGGUUUGUAGUGUUUGUGUUAAAGUUCGGGGAAAAACAACCCACAAAGGAUGUCUGACAAGGAAGAAAUGGCUUCAGAUGGGAGUCUGAAUGUUACCCUGACGUUGAGGCUGCUGAUGCACGGAAAGGAAGUUGGCAGCAUAAUUGGGAAGAAAGGAGAAACCGUAAAGAAAAUGAGGGAGGAGAGCGGAGCACGCAUCAACAUAUCAGAGGGAUCGUCCCCGGAGAGAAUAGUUACCAUCACGGGGCCGACAGAGGGCAUCUUCAGAGCUUUCUCCAUGAUCGCACAGAAGUUUGAGGAGGACAUUACUGCAGCGAUGACAAACAGCAACGUGACAAGCAAGCCACCUGUGACACUUCGCCUGGUUUUCCCAGGGAGCCAGUGUGGCUCACUGAUUGGCAAAGGAGGCUCAAAGAUCAAAGAGAUCAGAGAGACCACGGGCGCUCAGGUUCAGGUGGCAGGAGACAUGCUGCCGGACUCUACGGAGAGGGCUGUCACAAUCUCCGGCACUCCACAGGCCAUCACUCAGUGUGUAAGACACAUCUGCUCCGUCAUGCUGGAGUCUCCGCCAAAAGGAGCGACUAUUCCCUAUCGUCCUAAGGCCAUACCUGCAGGAGCCCAUGCAGUAUUAGCACCACAGCACUCUGCACAAGCCUUUGCAAUUCCAGGGCAGUACGCUUUUGCGCAUCAAGAUUUGACCAAGCUUCACCAGUUGGCUAUGCAGCAUAUCCCCCUCCCUUCCCUUGGGCAGAGCAACCCUACCUUCCCUGGAUUGGAUGCAUCUGCCCCCGCAAGUUCACAAGAGCUGGCGAUACCUAACGAUUUUAUUGGCUGCAUAAUUGGAAGACAAGGCAGCAAGAUCAAUGAGAUUCGCCAGGUCUCUGGAGCUCACAUCAAAAUUGCCAGCGCCACUGAUGGCUCAGCCAUGCGCCAAGUCACGAUCACGGGCUCGCCGGCCAGCAUCAGCGUGGCCCAGUACCUCAUCAACGCCAGCUUAGAGAUGGCUAAAUACACCAUGCAGGCCGCUUCCUCAGCGACCCCUGUUGACCUCAACAUGAGCUUCUCUCAGUCCGCCCCCACUGCCUCCACUGCUGCUACCUCUAUGGCCGUCCUGGCGGCCUCCACCCCAGCCCCAACCACCAUUAACGUCCACUCUCCUUCCACUUUACCAACCAUCCAAAACCCGCACUACGCCGUCCCCGUUUCCAGCCUCCUCGGCAUGAAAACUCUCCCCGUCCUGGUCCAUCCGGCUGCCGCUUCCGGCCUAACGCAGGGUUUAUCCCCUUACACCGCAAAAAUGCCGACCUCCGGCGUCAAAAAAUCAGAGCGGCAGAAGUUUGCUCCUUACUGAUGUCUGCUUUUUAAAAAAAUAUUUAACAUGGAGGAAGUAGGCUUAAAAACAUCUUACACCGGUGUGUGUACAUUUGGAAUCAGGAGAGUAUUAGGAUCAAAACAAACGUCCUCAUUAAUUAAAACAGGCGACAGAGGUGAAUAUUAACUCAGUAUUAUCUUACAGAAAUGCAAACAAUUCCUGUGAGUAUCUCAGGCUUGUAUUAGUGUCCUAGAAAGGAUUCAUGUUACAGAGCUUUAUAUGAAAACAGACACCAGGAGAUGUGUUCACGAUGCAAAAAUCGACUUAGUUUUCUACUAGUUUACAACCAGUUUUUGUUAGGAAAUACGACUUAGUAUGAUAAAGACGUGGUGCUCUGUUGGCAGCAGGCUGUUAAAAUGUCGUACAAUAGAAGUCAGUGUGUUAAGUGUUUUCUUUUUUAUAAGGAUUGCUCCACUCUUCUGUCAUAUUCCCCCUCCUUUUUCCCCUCACUAUAGGCUCUCAUCAGUGCUAACAGGCUUGGGUGUUCUGUAGUAGAGCUGCACUGUUGCAGUUCUGAUGGGAUUAUCCUAAAGCCACAUUGGAUUCUAGUGGAUUUCACUCUACACAGUAAUCCUGUAGAGCGGGACUGGCCCCUCUAACUAACUCAUUUGUUUCUGUUGUGUUUCCUGUUUAUUCUCCGACCUAAAUGAGCAAGAAAUGCUUCGACUUUUUCAACGUCUGAAAUGGACGCUGAGCAAUUAUUGUAAUAAAUGUUUUAUUCAUGUGUUUUUUGGUGUGGGCCCCUCCCUUCCCCCACACCACCCUCCCUCACCCUCCUCACCCCCUCCUCCCAGACGAUGCAGAUUUGUUAUAUUUGCUGAUGAAAUGACUUUGAAAUAAAUGGGACUUUUUAUG